AUGACGAUAGUACUAAUAAAGCUUAUCACAAAAGAUAGAACAAAACUUUUAGAAAGUGAUGGUUUUGUUAAAUAUCCAGAAAUUCGUGCUGUCUACGAUUCUAUGGUUCCUCCAUCCUUACGAAUUGGUUUUUCAAAUUUGUCUUUUAAGAAUGACAAAGGUGAAAUUUUUGAAAUCAAUGAUAAUGAAUCAUUUUGGGCAUUUAUUACUUUAGAAUAUCCAAAUGCUAGAAAAAAUAUUGAUGAUAUUCCAGUAAUAGUUAUCCCUGUUAUUGUGAAUGAUAAUAUAGACUACCUUAGUGACAGUGGAUUACGAGUACAUCCAAAUAUCCGCUGUGAUGGAUGUGAUAGAAAAGUAGCUGGUAUUCGCUACAAGUGCGUAGUUUGUAAUGAUUAUGAUCUUUGUCAAUAUUGUGAAAGACAAAAUAUUCAUGAUCCUACACAUGUAAUGUUGAGAUUUGCAUGUCCAAUUAAUAAAAAAAAUAGACUAUUUCUUAAUAAAGUUUGUCAAAUCAAUGAAGAAAGUAAUAGUCCAAGUGUUGAAAUAAUGUCAGCUUUUCAAAAAUUUCAUACAAUGACUGGAAAUAAUUUUAUUGACGGAGAUGAUUUAACUGAAAGUAUUGAAACUUCAAACUCAAGUGAAGAAUCAAAAACAGCAAUGAAAAAAGUAUUGGAUAAGUAUAAAACUGUCAAAGAGAUUGGUAAUACAAUUCAUGCAGCUUUUAUGAAUAUGGCUGUUGAAGAAAAUUUUGCAUCAGAUGAAAAAAAGAAACCUGUUAUUAGUGAAACAGAAACAUUUAGCUCAUUGCUAACCAGUGCUCACAAUAAUAUUACAACAGCUAAUGAACUUAUUAAAACAAUUCCGAAUAUUAUUUCAAUCCCUGAAACUAACCAGUUAAUUGAUUAUAAAAAUGAAAAAGAAGUAAAAGAAAAUAUAUUAAAUAUAUUAAAUACUGUUAAUGUUAAUCAGAAUAGUAAAGAAAUCAAUGAGAUAGCUGCUAAGGAGUAUGCUGCUGGACAGAAUCAUAUAAAUAGAGCCAUAGCUCUAAUCUCUGGAUCAAAUUCUGUUGAUUUAAGUACAUGUUCAUCUUUAAAAUGUUGUCCAACAGAAACGGAAAAUGUAUUGUCUCGAAAUCGUGAUUUAGGUGAUAAAGUAGAAAAACUUUCAUCUGUGUUUAAAGAUAGUAAUUCAAUAUCCUCUGGACAUAUGUCUGUUGAUGAAAGUUGUUGCGAACCAGAUUCUGAUUUAAAUAUUUCUGGUUCAAGAAAAAUUACUGCAUUUGAAAUGGUUUCGAAUUCCAAUCUAUCUAAAAUGGAAGAUGAUGGUGAAUCAUAUUUAAGUGUAGAAAUUGUUGAUAACCGUUCUGAAGAUAGUACUUCAUCAAGUAUAAAUGCAUGGACAAAUAAAACAGAUGAAUUGGAUUAUAAGAAAUUUGUUAAACAGAUGGAAAUGAAUAGAAGUCGUGUCUUUGAUGAGACUGUCGAUGAUAUUGAACCUGAAGACUCAGCUUCAAUGAUAGGUUCAAGAACUUCUUCUGUUAUGACAAAAGUUACUAGAGAAUUAAAAAAUUCUGAGUUAAGCUUUUCCAUUAUUUCAUCUGCUACCAAUGGAACCAUGGUUUCAAGUAAACUUUCUCCUAAUGUAGAGAAAGUUUGUGAAAAUUGUGGUAACGAAAAUAGUGGAAAAAAAUCAAAUGAUGAUGAAACAAUUGAUGACAUUAGUAUUGAAUAUCCAUCAGAAGGUUCUGAUGACUCUAAAUCCGAAGGUGAAUUAAUGUUCAAAAGUGUUGUAUCCUCUAUAGAACAAGGAGAUUCAAUUGAUUCACAAAAUUCGAUAGCUACCGCGGUUUGCAUAAAUGAAUCUAGUCAGUCAUCUGUUCUUGAACAAGAAGAUAAGACUAGAGAGAAUAAAAACUCCGAUAGUAACGUAAGUGAUAAUACAAUACCAGAAGAGUUUACUUCUAGAUAUCCAGCACCCUAUUCAAUGAUAUCUGUCAAAGAAAAUAAAAUACGAACAGAAUGUUUAUUAGAAGAAAGUGAUGUCCCAUGUCCACAUAUGAUUGGAGAACCUUAUCAAAUACCAGAAAAUUUCAAAAAAAAAAGACCUGUUAGUAAAAAUCAUAGUAAACAUUUUCCUUUUAUUCAUAGUGAUCCAUACAUAGCAAAUUUAGUUGAAAUGGCUGAGAGUAUGGGUUUUGAUAAUUGUAACGGUUGGCUUCUUAAAUUGGCAGAAGAUGCUGUUAAAAAUGACUUUAAUUAUUUUGAUAAGAUUCUCGAACAUAUUAAUUCUUUUAAAGAUUAA